AUGGCCGGAGCCGCGAUGGCCGAGCCGGGCCACGGGCCGCCCGCCGCGCCCGCGCCCGGCACUGAGGGGCUGCCGCGCGCCUUCCUGCAGAGCCUGCGCACGCUGUUCGACAUCCUGGACGACCGGCGGCGCGGCUGCGUGCACCUGCGCGAGAUCGAGUCCCGCUGGCAGGGCGCCGACGCGCGCGAGCUGCCCCGCGGCGUGCUCGAGGGCUUGCGCCAGGUGGCCCCGGCCAGCGGCUACCUGACCUUCGAGCGCUUCGUGGCCGGCCUGCGCACCUCGCUGCUGAGCGCCGACGGCGGCCCGCGGGGCCAGGCGCGCGCCCCGGCCCGGGGAGGCUGCCCGGCGCGGCCCGGGGGCCAGCCGCCGCCGCCGCCGCGCCUGGUGUUCGCGCCGGCCGACGAGCCGCGGACGGUCCUGGAGAGGAAGCCCCUGCCCCUGGGCGCGCGGCCCCCGCCAGCCGUCCCCGGCGGCGCGGCCCGGAGCCUAGAGAAGCUGUGCGGACCCGCAGAGGCAGCGCCCGGUCCCGCGGAGCCCGAGCGGCCCCAGGGCGCGGCGCUGGAGCGGAGCCCGAGCGCGGACGCUGGUGCAGUGGCCUGCAGGGCCCGGGAGCUAGGCAUGGGCGAUGCCCAUCGGGCCCCCCGUGCCCGAGGGGAACGUCGGAGGCACACCAUCACCAACGGCGUGGACUGUGACCUGCUGAAGCAGCUGAAGGAGCUGGAGCAGGAAAAGGAGGUGCUGCUCCAGGGUCUGGAGAUGAUGGCUCGGGGCCGCGACUGGUACCAGCAACAGCUGCAGCGCGUGCAGGAGCGCCAGCGCCGCCUGGGCCGGAGCAGGGCCAGCACCGACCUUGGGACUGAGGGGAACCCCCUCCCGCUGGGCCGGCUGCUGCCCAAGGUCCAGGAGGUAGCCCGGUGCCUGGGGGAACUGUUGGCCGCAGCCUGUGCUGGCAGGGCUCUGCCCUCAUUGUCCUCGGGGGCCCCGUGCCCAGCCCUGGCCCCCACCUCACCGUCAGCCCCAGGCUGGCAGCAGCAGACCAUCCUCAUGCUGAAAGAGCAGAACCGGCUCCUCACGCAGGAGGUGACCGACAAGAGUGAGCGCAUCACGCAGCUGGAGCAGGAGAAAUCUGCCCUCAUCAAGCAGCUGUUUGAGGCGCGCGCCCUCGGCCAGCAGGAUGCUGGGCCCUUGGACUCCACCUUCAUCUAGCCGGCCAGGGGCGCGGGCGCGGGCACGGGCGCGGGGCUCUUAGGACCUGGCCCGGCAGUCAGCCUGGGCAGGUGCCUCCUUGAGCCCCACUUAGGCUAAAGAUCACCUGACUGGCCUGGACACGGGUUUCUUCCUCUCUUCCAGUCGGGGCUCCCCCAGAGCGCCCCCCCC